AUGACUGACCUUUAUCCUCACAGAGGCUUCAUGCUAGAUACAGGCAGGAAGUUCUUUCCUGUCAAAGCAAUCCUCCAACUACUACAAAUUCUACACCAAUACAACUUCAACUACUUCCACUGGCACAUCUACGAUGCGGAAAGCUUUCCUAUCUUAUGGCCAGAGUAUCAGGGAUUGACCGAUGCCAGUGUGAAAUACAGCUGUACUGACGAUUACUACACAUUCGGGGACAUUCGGAAUGUCGUGCUGCAUGGAAUGAGUCUUGGGAUCAAUGUGUAUCCUGAGACAGAUAUGCCUGGUCAUGCUGAUAUUUUUGGUGUCUGGAAAAAGGACUUGGUGGUUGGCGAGACGAGUCUCGAUGAUCCAGAUGCACAGCUCGACAUCAGAAAGGAAAAGACGUUUAAGUUCGCCAGCAACCUAGUUUACACUAUGGACGAGGUCUUCAACUCAUCAUAUUACCACUUCGGCGCCGACGAAGUCGAAUACUUUUAUAACACCAAAUCGGAUAAUAGCCUCUUCAAUAAGUUCCUUAACCGCCUCCCUGCCCUUGUUCCUACUAAAACGCCUAUUGUGUGGGACGACCCGCUUACCGACUCUGGAAAAAACAUCAAGCUUUCAAAAGACUGGGUCGUCCAAACUUGGCACGGGGGCGCGACAAAAAAGGUUCUCAAAAAGGGCCAUCGUGUUAUUGUUUCAGAGAUGGACGCGUUCUAUAUCGGAAACGCAGAUGCUGAGAAGAUUGCAAAGUUCAAGUUUCCUAAGGAUGAUAAAGUACUUGGUUUCGAGGUUGUUUGGUUCACAGGUGAGGAUGACAGGCCAGGAGAUAUCAAGAAGAGCUGGGUCAUGGAACCCAUCAAGGCUGCUAGUAAGAUUAAGAGAAAGAAGUAG